AUGGCAAUACCUUUGUCAAUGCUUGUCAAUUCAGAGGACCCAUCACCAUCAGGCAGAGUGGAAGGAAAGUCACAGUGGGACAAGGACAUGCCAAUGCUGGAAUCAACAGACCCAAUCGCUAUCGCCAAUGCUCACAUAGAGGAAGGCCUGAACAGUCUCCAGUCAGUUGGAAUCCUCAGCAAGAGAAACAGAAUGAGCAUAGCCAAGCUGGUAGACAAUCCAUCAGAGAUCAUUCAUGCUGCAGAUGUCUCUGAUGACGAUAUUUUCAAUGCCAUGUCCAAGGCAUGGGAGAACAGGGAAAAGGACAACAUCGCAGAAGGAGCCCAUGAUGCCAACAACUCUGAUGAUGACAUGCCUGCUGUCUCACGUAAGGAUGCCAUUCAGGCAGCACUCCUGCUGAAGACUUACACCAAACAAGUGAAUUCUUCCUUUGCAUGGAAGAUGGAGUCCAUGUUGGCUCAGUUUGGACACAAGACCCACUAUGAAGCCCAAUCAUUGGCAGCAGCACACUCAAUUCUUACUUCAAAAAGAUUGAAUAGAGUGAUAGAGAGGUGACAUUGAUAGACAUGGUGGUAGAGGCGAUUGACAAUAAAGACUUAUGUAAACAUAGCAUGUGCCUGUGAGAAAUUUGAGGUAGCCCAUACCUGUCAUUACCCAUACCUAAAUCUGGGAACACAAGGUAUGGGUUAUCACGGUUUCAACUGUAACAGCAAUUUA